CUCUUCCUUCAGUAAGCCGCGAGACGUUGAUAGAGGCACACCUGCGCCGCGCUCUCUGAUUGCGAAUUUUUGAAAGUAAUCAUCAUUAAUUGGUGUUUUGAACAGUGUGAAAUCACGUACUUUUAGUAACACAACAUAACGAGUUAGCAUUCUUUAACAGUCGGUUUAAUAAACAUUUCGAAAGCUUCAAAGUCUUGUAUUUGAGCAAGGACAGUGUUUUGAAAGUUCUCAUUGGAGGCAUAUAUUAAGCGAAAAGUGUUUUUUUUUUUUGGUAAAAUUCUUGAAUUCCGGAUUGUUGCGUGUCUGAACGGAUACAAUAGAUUCAUCAUUUUUCACACGGUGCCACUCACUUUGAUUUCUGCUAUCACUUUGGGGAUUCUAACACAUUGCGUGGAAUAAUUCUACGUUACUGAUUUAAGCCAACAAUGACAUAAGGCACUACACGAUGGCGCUACGACUAAAGAAAGACAUCAAGAAAGCCUCCUACUACGUGUGGUUCCUUGGAGCCCAAGAAUCCAGAGGAUUACGUGGAGAGGAAUUUGCUUUACCAGCUAUCAGAUUGCUUGAAGAGAGGGCGAGAGACUUAGAGCCCUUUAAAGUUACCCUACAGGUUUCCCACAAAGGUCUGAAAAUCAUCCAAAAUGUAACGGCAAAAGGCAAACAGCAGACGAUAAAGCACUUCAUCCCUCACGGCAGCAUCACCAGUGCUGUGGUGCAAGGCGACGUGGUCGCCUGCGUUCUUCUGCUAUACAAUCCUCUAACCGGCUGUCCCGUCCAUGUCCAUGCUUACCGUUGUGACUCCGACCACACCGCAGAAAUGCUCUACACACAUCUUCAGGCUUUGAUAGACAGACCAGAAAACCAGAAGAAGUUCGCCGACAUCGAACGGAAACUACAGAUGAGAGGGGCAUUACCAGCUACCAAGAAACCUCCAGAUUCUUCCCUGGGCAGCGAAGUUUCCAGAGAAUCGGAUUCAGGAAGCAAUGAAGAACGCUGUGUGGCCAAUCUUUACGAUAGCUUGGCAGCUGAGUUGAAACAAAAGUUGUCAACAGGUAAAAAGGGUUUAGGUAAAAGCCCAAUCCUUCUACCACCUCGAGAUUAUGACACGGUACACCGUCAGAAAGGCAAUCUAAACAAUAUCGACACCCGCCGAUGUCUUAACCAGAAUAUAGUAGGGGUCAACGUGAGGAGGAAGCUUGAAUCUUCUGGGGGAAGCUCUGGAAUUGGCAGUGAUUUGGCUCCGUCCCCUGAGAGGAACGACUACACUAGGCAGCAUGAUAAUCAUAGUACUAGUGAGGAAGACUGGGCGGAGAGUACAGCCUACAUGAUGCACGAGGCAUUCGAGGCAUCUCCUCCGCGUCGCGCUGUAUCCCCUCGACGCAUCUCACCACCCCGCAGAGCUAUUUCUCCUCGCUUCGAUCGCAACUUCAACGACGAAUAUGAUGGCCAAUAUCGUGAGCAACUGCCACCAUUCAGGGAAGAAGCAUCUUUCGAUAGACGAUAUCGUCAGGAAUCUCUUGAACGUAACGAUAAAUCUGAGAAAUUCACAGAAGAUGUCCCAUACAGGAGGCGUUAUGUCGCGGAGACAAAACCUUCCAAUAGGAGUAUAGACAGAGUUGAUGAUAGAAGGUUUGGGAAACUUCAAAGAGGACUUAGCGAAGGUAGCUUGAAAGUUGCCGAUACGUCGCCAAAAGACCGUUUCAACGUUGCUAAGGAAAAAUUCAUGAACUUGGAAAGGGAAAGAUUUAAUAGAGAGCUGCAACAGCACAUGGCGCUAAGGAGAAGCAGGCUGGAGCGGAACAGCCGCUCGACUUCUUCCCCAGAGGAAGAGAGAAGAGAUGAGCGGCCAGAGAGGCAUAGAGAGAACUCCAGGAGGGAAUCAGAGCGUUCCUUGCUGGAGCGUCAUAGGGAACCAGAGAGGCGUAAAGAAGAUCGUAUUCUUGACGAGCCAAUUCGCAGGGAAGUUGAAAGACUCCCAAGAGUUGGAAGGAAACGUGAUGAAAAGAAGAGGUUUGAAUAUGGUGCUGAGGAUUACUUGAAUAGAAUUGAGCCAAAACCGCAUAGGGAAGACUUUGAUAGAUACAACAGAAGGGAGUUGGAUAGACGUAUUGAUGAAGAUGAGAUUAUUGAGCCGGUCAUUGAAGAUAGAAGAAGAGAUUGGCAUGGAAAUGAUAGACAGAGAGCGUUUUCUCGCUCUCGCCUGUUGGACGAUCAUCGUCAGUCUUAUGCUGAAGGUGAUAGAGAUCGGUUUUUCGAAAGAGAUUUCAGAGACUUCCGUGACUUAGCUGACAGGCAGCCGGGGGCAAAGUUCCGCCAUAGUUAUGCGGAACCUAUACCUAGAGGACGACUGGGAACCGUCAGACCUUACUGAAUUGCCAUAAUAAAUAGAAAAGACAUGACCUGACGUAUUGACGCCAUCUUGGUAAUAUGUACCUUUGUAUUGACGAAAAAUUAUUGUUAUAUAAAAAUGAAAAAUGUGUUUUGGUUAUAUAGAUUUAAUAAUGAUGUUUUUUGGACUAAGAUGAUUAAUUAUAUGAAUAAAAUAAUUUAUAUUUGUAGUGUAUUGGGUAAAAGUUAUUAACAAAAAGAAAUAAGGGUGCGAGCAACGUGAAGUUGUGAAUUUCUAUUGAUAAUUAAGAGUAUAGUCAGAUAUAAUAAAAUUGUGCCUACAUGUUAGUUUUAUUCAAUACUCAAUAAUUAUGACCUGCUAUAUACAGACCAUAUUUUGUAAAUAUAAAUUAUAUAAAAAUUGUACCUUUAUAUCAACAUAGGUUAAGCAGUACUUGUUACUUUUUGUAAUCUGUUUAAUUUUAUUUCAUUUAUAUUAAAGAUCAUUAAUUUUCAAAUCGUGAAAUAUUCCACAAUAAAAUUGAAAUGAGAUUAAUAUAAAAAAGGUAUAGUUAUUUAAUAAUAUUAUGUUAAUCUGUAAUAUAUUUUAAGAAAAGCUGAAUGUAACUUAUAGUACGUACCUAUUUUUAUGGAAGUUGUCUUGCUUUAAUGCCUCACGUACCGAAAUUCAUACGCGCAAUUUCGGAUCUGUGUGGUGCUACAUACACUAGAGUUACUGUUACAUGCUAGAAAUAUGGCAGAAUGUUGUCUUGUCAUAUUUUUCUUCCGAUAUUGCGUAUUAAAUGAAACAUUCAUAUAAAAGGCGGGCACGCGUUUACGCUCCUUAUUCGCGUUCAGCAUUUAUGGCGGGGUACUCACUAGCGAGUUGUAACUGUAACAUGUACAGUACAGUAACGAGGUUCAGUGUGUACGCCUGAAACAUUCUGCACUCUUUAGAAUGAGUGCCUAGUUCUCGUCGGCUCACUGUGAACCGCACGUGUUCCACUCGCGGCAAGCUCGCAAACCACGUACACGCUAUGACUUUUGGUAACAUAACAUGCAACUGUUCCAGUUACAACUCCCUAGUGAGUACCCGGCUUAUAACAUCUGAAGGCGUAACACUUCCAGGAGGCGUUUUGUCCAUUUGGGUCAAUACAUGGGAUUUUGUCCAGACCUUACUACUGGAAUCACCAAAUCAACCAUAUUUAUAUGAUAAUUAUAUAGAUAUUGAAGGUAUUUCAACAACAACACUAUAGGCCUUGUUCAGAGUGGAGGUAGGCACGGAUGCGGGUGCGAGUGCGUGUAAGUCAAAUGUACGUAGACGUUUGUCGAGGCCGAUACGGGCGCGGCAUCUCUAUUGGCUCAGUCCGCUCGUAAGAUUCACAGCUCUUAGUUUAGCGUCUGUUUGCAACUUCAACGUGUGGAUCUAACGAUUUUAGUCGCUUCGGCGCUGUGAAAGGCAAGACGCCAAGACCCGCGCGCCCGCACCCGCGUCGCGCCUGCACUCUGAAUGAGCCCAUAGACUUCCCGUUAAAAUUUUAUUCAGCUUCCAUUUGCUACCUUUUCAAAAGUGUCUAAAAUCAAGUCGUAUAUUGGCUAUAUCAUAUACCUAGUGCAUUUUAAAAUACUUUUAAAGAAGGCAAAUAGGUAUACAUAUAAGUUACAUUCUGUAUAAAUUAAGAUUAUACUAAUAUACCAGUGACAUCACUAUAGUACUUGGAUUUAUCGCAGUCCGUCCAAACCAGAAACGAUGUAUUCUAUAUUUGUACAAUAUGAAUAAACGAUU